AUGGCCAACCAGAAAACAGACUCGAUUUUGGUUAUCGGUGCGGGGGUCUUCGGCCUCUCAACAGCCCUCGAGCUGACCAAGAGAGGAUACACCAACAUCACCGUUCUCGACCGUCAUGUCCCUCCCGUGGUCGAUGGAAGCAGUGUUGACAUUUCCCGGAUUAUUCGCGCAGAUUAUGCCGACCCUAUCUACGCGCAGAUGGCCCUGGAGGCCUACAAGGGCUGGAAGAGAACAUAUGCCGACUUCUACCACGAGUCCGGGUUCAUCAUGCUUUCAGAGACAGCGUCCAACCAGUACAUUGAGAAGUCGAAAAAGAACAUUGUCGAAAAAGGUGGUCAUAUCGACGAGUUCUCCAACGUCUCGCAGAUGCGCGCCCUUUACCCAGGCAUCGAAGCCGAUCUUCCCUCGGCUCAGGGGUACCACAAUCCUAGAGGAGGAUGGGCGGACGCAGUAGGCAGCAUUGGCCGUCUGGCUACGGAAUGCAGCGUUGCAGGUGUCUCCUUCAUCACCGGCCGUCGAGGGACAGUCCACUCACUGCGCCGAUCCUCUGAUCGUGUCGUCGGCGUCAACCUAGCGGACGGAGCAUACCUCCUCGCUUCCCAGGUCAUUCUCGCUAUCGGCGCGUGGUCAAACCGCCUCGUCGACCUCUCCCAUACUGCAUCCUCGUCUGGACAACCAGUCGGCUUUAUUCAACUCACCCCGGCUGAAGCGGCCAAGUUUGCGAACACACCUGUCUUGAUCAAUAUGACGACGGGCGUCUUCUCUUUCCCGCCUACUCCCGGAACAAACAUCCUCAAGCUCGCUCGCCACGGCUACGGCUUCGCGACUGAAGUUCAGUCCGAAGCAACGGGACGCAUCAUUUCUGGACCCAGACGAGAUUCUAGUAACGCGGCUUCCGGCUACGUGCCUGAUGAUGCAGACGCUGCACUCCGCGGUGGGCUGAAGGACCUUUUCCCCAGUUUGGGUGAUCGGCCUUGGUUGAAUCGCCGGCUGUGCUGGUACACCGAUACGCCAAAUGGGGACUUUAUCAUUGAUCGGCAUCCGACGCUGAAUGGGCUUUUUGUCGCUACAGGCGGUUCAGGACAUGCAUUCAAAUUUCUCCCCGUGCUGGGAAAAUACGUCAUUGAUUGCUUCGAGAACUGCGCAUCCAGCGAACUUCGCCAGAAAUGGCGCCUGAAGGCACCGGAGAAGGAAUCUGCCCAGGGCCCAGUGGUUAUGUCUGGAGAUGGGAGCCGGGGAGGACCGCCUCUCCGCAAGCUGUCGGUGUUGGAGCAGUCGAAGCUAUGA